AUGAUUUUUCCUUCUUAUGUUUGAAAACAUAGUCUUAAUUAGAGUUUGAACCUCGGUCUGAACAACUCUGAUAGCAUUUUUUAAACAGUUUUCUAUUUGAUUUCCCAGUCAAGGGAAGAUCAUCAAUGAUAAUAUAUCUAUGUUACAAUUUUGCACUCAAGAAUAUAAAUGUAACAUAACAAUGUUGUUAUGUUAUGUUACAUUACAUUGUUGAGUGCAAACUUGUAACAUAGAUGUAACGUCAUUGAUGAUCUGUGUCGAUUAGGUUGUCACCCCGAUAACCAUAUUUGUUCUACAAACGUCCAUGGCAAAUCCAGUGCCAUCUGUGUCCUCAAUAAGCUUGUGUUUUGCGAGCAAAGCUUGUGUACAAAUUCCUGUCAACAAAUUGGCGCCAAAUACCGAGCAAGAUUUGGUGACGAGGUUUGGCAGCAAAUUGGCGCCAAAUACCGAGCAAGAUUUGGUGACGAGGUUUGGCAGCAAAUUGGCGCCAAAUACCGAGCAAGAUUUGGUGACGAGGUUUGGCAGCAAAUUGGCGCCAAAUACCGAGCAAGAUUUGGUGACGAGGUUUGGCAGCAAAUUGGCGCCAAAUACCGAGCAAGGUUUGCUGACGAGGUUUGGCAGCAAAUUGGCGCCAAAUCCGAGUAAGGUUUGCUUGCAAAGUUUGGCUAGUAAAUUGACUAGCAAAACUGCAGUCAAGUUUGUAGUCAUUUAG